AUGUGCUGCGUCCUGCUCGCGGCAUUCCGAACAUCAGAGCGAGCGGCCGUCGCAGAGGCGGAAGCUCUCGGCGUGGCAAUGUCUUCGCAUGAAGAAUUGGAGUUGCCUGAUGAGAGAUACCCUUCGGAUCUGGUCGCCAUGAGCUACCAACACGAUCUCGCUGAAUCAGCACAUCCCGUUGGCAGCGGCGUCUCCCAUUUCACCUCCCGGCAAUACCAUGCUUGGGGUGCCGGCCCGAACAUGGCUACUUCCGUGUUGGAAUCUUUGCGUUUGGUGCAGAAGAGUCGCACCUGGGCCACAUCGAAGGACUUCACCGCACUUCAAAGUGUCAACUUGAUCCACUAUGCCCCUUCCUGGCCCCUCCAUCGACCCCUGCGGAACGUUUUCGUAAAGCAAGCUGGUCAUGACGGCACUGCCGAGGGCCAGGUCAGUGAAGAGCAGCAGAAGCGUGAAGAGGAAGAGCAGCGAAAGCUCAUCGGCUACAACGAGGCCGCGAAGACCUUCAAGCGCUUCAGGACGGUCUCUGCCCGUGUGCAGCGCCUGAAAUUCCCGCUUGAGCUGAGCCAAUCGUGGAACGUCAGCGAAUUCAAAUUCACGCGGAAUCAGAUUCAUGAUAGCCUGCUUCUCCAUACCCGAAUGUUUCAUCCAGGAACAGAGAACGAAGAAUACUGGAGCUGUGAGGAUCGAGACGUCGUGUACAAUGUCUUUGGUUUUUUGAUCAGCCAAUUGUGCUAA